CAAACUCUACUACCCUUUUCUUACUAUUCCCUUCAUCCACCGUUUCUCAUACUUACUCUUUCAAAUUCCUCCCCUUUACUCUCUCAUGGAUACUCAGCCAAGGAUUUUUUCAGCAUUUUUUAUUUUAUUGCCAGUGCUAUUCACACUGAGGCCGGUCCUGGGCUUGACCGAAUGUCAUUUUCCGGCCCUCUUCAAUUUUGGUGACUCGAAUUCCGACACCGGUGGAUUGUCCGCGGCUUUCGGUCAGGCCCCUCCUCCGAAUGGGGAGUCCUACUUCGGCGCACCUGCUGGAAGAUAUUCUGAUGGACGCCUCAUCGUCGACUUCAUUGCUAAGGGCAUUGGAUUGCCUUAUAUCGAUGCGUACCUCGACUCCAUUGGGACCAACUUCACCCACGGAGCUAACUUCGCCACAGCCGGAUCAACUAUUAGAGAACAAAACACAACCUUAUCCCAAUCAGGGUUCAGUCCAUUUUCCUUAGAUGUGCAGUCAUGGCAAUUUGAUCAGUUCUUAAAUAGAUCACAAACAACGGCCAAACGGGGAGGAGUCUUCAAAGAUUUGUUACCAAAGGAGGAUUAUUUCCCACGAGCUCUGUAUACAUUUGAUAUAGGACAGAAUGACCUGACUUCAGGCUAUUUUUCUGGCUUGACCACAGAUGAAGUUAUAGCAUCUAUACCUGAUAUUCUCAACAAGUUUACCAUUGCGGUUCAGAAUAUAUACUGGCAAGGAGGGAGGUCGUUUUGGAUCCACAACACAGGUCCUUUUGGCUGCCUUCCCUACGUUUUGGAUAGACUCCUCGUUAAAGCUGCUGAAGUGGACCCUGUUGGUUGUGCCACUCCCUUCAAUGAUGUAGCCCAGCAAUUCAAUCGCAAAUUGAAAGAAACCGUUGAUCAGCUAAGAAAUGACUUUCCAUUGGCGGCAUUCACCUAUGUCGACAUAUAUUCAGCGAAAUACUCCCUCAUCCACCAAGCCAGGAAGUAUGGAUUUGAUCACCCUCUUAGAGCUUGUUGCGGGUAUGGAGGCACGUAUAACUACAACCAGCAAGUGGGCUGUGGAGGAACGAUUGUUGUUAAUGGAACUGACAUUAUGGUUACAUCUUGUCAAAAUCCGUCAACUCGUAUUAAUUGGGAUGGAGUUCAUUAUACUCAGGCAGCUAACAAAUGGGUGUUCGACCAGAUUGUUAAUGGUGCACUUUCAGAUCCACCUAUUCCAUUGAAAAGGGCAUGCCAUAGGGAGGCCCAUUGAUUUACAUUCAGUUAAUACCCCUAUUCCAUUGAAAAAGGCAUAUGCCAUAGGGAGUCCCAUUGAUUUAGGUUCAAUUCGGUCGAGUCAUCUUGGUUUUUAUCUUUUACUUUGAAGCUAGGAUUUAUGAAUUUACAUUCCUUUUGAAGCUCUAAUAGAGGACUAGAUUUCUAAA